UGAGAGAGCGAGAAGGACUUCCGGUAUCUCCAACCAAUGAGGUGAUUCCACAUGCGGACACUGAACACCGCAUUCGAGAAGAAACGCGAUUGGUGCUGAUGAGGACGCUGCUGAUUCCGCAACACACAGGCAAAGCAGGCGAAGGGAGCCAAGCUGCAACUUACCCACAUGUUUAAAUCAUCCAUUCGGACGCAAUUUUUCCGGGAUUCGCUGUUUUGAAUGAAAGGGACAAAAUUAACAACAUCCAGCUGAGACAGCAGCGUUGAUAUGUUUUUUUUCUCCAAGGUCUCACGAAGCAGCUAGCGAAGCAAAGCCGGCGAAUUCAAGCAGAGCCAAAGGACCAGAGGCAUUAGUUAGCUAGCUUUAGCCAGUUAGCCGCUCGCUAGCCCGGGAGCCGCUAAUUUGUCCACUCUCGCCGUACACCUGUGCGCCGCGCUGUCCUGUGUUGGAACGACUUAGCUCGUAACACUCAUCGCUGUGGGUUUCCGCUUAAAUAAAUAUCUAUUUUUAAAUUUCAAUUACGGUGACACCGAAGGAGGGGGGGUUAAAAAAAACCCACCUUGAUAGGUUGAGGUUGGAACCAGCCAACUAAGCGGUGUCCUCAAGUGGCCAUUCACCAUGGACAACGCACACACAAAGACGGUGGAAGAAGUUUACAGCUUUUUUAAUGUGAACGAAAGCACGGGUCUGAGUUUAGAAGAAGUGAAGAAACAACGGGAACGAUAUGGGCCAAACGAACUACCAGCGGAGGAGGGUAAAUCACUUUGGGCACUAGUGAUUGAACAGUUCGAAGAUUUGCUUGUGAGGAUCCUUUUACUUGCUGCCUGCAUAUCGUUUGUCCUGGCCUGGUUUGAAGAGGGAGAAGAAACCGUUACAGCCUUUGUGGAACCUUUUGUUAUCCUUCUUAUUCUCAUCGCAAAUGCCAUUGUAGGAGUUUGGCAGGAACGAAAUGCAGAAAAUGCCAUCGAAGCCCUUAAGGAGUAUGAGCCAGAGAUGGGGAAGGUGUACCGCCAGGAUAGGAAGAGUGUCCAGAGAAUCAAGGCAAGGGACAUUGUGCCCGGGGACAUUGUGGAGGUGGCAGUCGGCGAUAAAGUGCCUGCAGACAUCAGGCUCACUUCUAUCAAGUCAACCACACUGAGGGUAGACCAGUCGAUUCUUACAGGAGAGUCUGUGUCUGUGAUCAAACACACAGACCCAGUGCCUGACCCGCGUGCUGUCAACCAGGACAAGAAGAACAUGCUCUUUUCAGGUACCAACAUUGCAGCUGGUAAGGCUGUCGGUGUGGUGGUUGCCACAGCUGGCAACACGGAGAUUGGCAAAAUCCGAGAUGAGAUGGCUACAACGGAGCAGGAGCGUACACCCCUGCAGCAGAAGCUUGAUGAGUUUGGGCAGCAACUCUCCAAGGUUAUUUCACUGAUCUGCAUUGCUGUGUGGAUCAUCAAUAUUGGACAUUUCAACGAUCCAGUUCAUGGAGGUUCCUGGAUCCGAGGUGCUGUCUAUUACUUCAAGAUUGCUGUGGCUCUUGCAGUAGCUGCAAUUCCUGAGGGUUUGCCGGCUGUCAUCACUACCUGCUUGGCUUUAGGAACACGGCGUAUGGCCAAGAAGAAUGCUAUUGUCCGCAGUUUGCCCUCUGUAGAGACCCUUGGCUGCACAUCUGUCAUCUGUUCCGACAAGACUGGCACACUGACGACCAAUCAGAUGUCUGUGUGCAGGAUGUUUAUCAUUGAUCGGGCAGAGGGUGAUCACUGUUCAUUAAAGGAAUUCACCGUUAGUGGCUCCACAUAUGCCCCAGAUGGACAAGUAUUCCAUGAUGGAAAAACAGUCAAAUGUUCCCAGUAUGAUGCGUUGGUGGAGCUGGCCUCUAUCUGUGCUCUCUGUAAUGAUUCCUCGCUGGAUUUCAAUGAGGCCAAAGGUGUGUACGAGAAGGUGGGUGAGGCCACAGAGACAGCUCUCACAUGCCUGGUGGAGAAGAUGAACGUGUUUGAUACAGACGUGAAAGGCCUCUCCAAGGUUGAGCGAGCCAACGCCUGCAAUUCUGUGAUCAAGCAGCUGAUGAAGAAAGAGUUUACCUUGGAAUUUUCCAGAGACAGGAAGUCUAUGUCUGUGUACUGUAGUCCUAACAAAGCACGCUCCUCAGUUGGCAAGAUGUUUGUGAAGGGUGCUCCUGAGGGAGUGAUUGACAGGUGCACACACGUUCGUGUAGGCAGUAACAAGGUACCCAUGACCCCUGGAAUCAAGGAAAAGCUAAUGUCUGUGAUCAGAGAGUAUGGAACAGGCAGGGACACCCUGCGCUGUCUGGCUCUGGCCACACGAGAUAAUCCCCUGAACAAACAUGAGCUGAUGUUAGAUGACUGCUCUCGAUUUAUUGAGUAUGAGACUGAUCUGACAUUUGUGGGUUGUGUGGGCAUGCUGGAUCCUCCCAGGGCAGAGGUGGCAGCCUCUGUUAGGCUCUGUCGCCUUGCUGGCAUCCGAGUAAUUAUGAUUACCGGAGACAACAAGGGAACGGCUGUGGCUAUUUGCAGGCGCGUUGGUAUUUUUGGAGAAGAUGAUGACGUUUCCAGCAUGGCUUUCACUGGCCGAGAGUUUGAUGAUCUGUCACCUGCGCAGCAGAGAGAGGCUGUGGUCAAGGCUCGUUGCUUUGCACGGGUUGAGCCUUCACAUAAAUCCAAGAUUGUUGAGUAUCUGCAGUCCUAUGAUGAGAUCACAGCUAUGACUGGUGAUGGUGUAAAUGACGCCCCCGCUCUGAAGAAGGCUGAGAUUGGCAUUGCCAUGGGCUCAGGCACAGCUGUGGCCAAGACUGCCUCUGAGAUGGUGCUGGCUGAUGACAACUUUGCCACCAUCGUUGCUGCAGUUGAGGAAGGAAGAGCCAUUUAUAACAACAUGAAGCAGUUUAUCAGAUACCUCAUCUCCUCAAAUGUGGGCGAAGUUGUCUGCAUCUUUCUGACUGCAGCUCUGGGGUUCCCUGAAGCUCUCAUUCCUGUCCAACUGCUCUGGGUCAACCUGGUGACCGAUGGUUUGCCUGCCACCGCUCUAGGUUUCAACCCACCGGACUUGGACAUCAUGAAUAAGCCUCCACGCAAUGCUCGUGAGCCGCUAAUCUCUGGAUGGCUUUUCUUCAGAUACCUAGCUAUUGGAUGUUAUGUUGGUGCUGCCACUGUUGGUGCUGCUGCCUGGUGGUUUGUUGCAGCUGAGGAUGGACCAAGGAUCACCUUUUACCAGCUGAGCCAUUUUCUGCAGUGUGGUCCAGAAAAUCCAGAUUACCAGGGCAUAGACUGCAAAGUGUUUGAGUCUCCUUACCCGAUGACCAUGGCCCUGUCUGUACUGGUCACGAUUGAGAUGUGCAAUGCCCUUAACAGCGUGUCAGAGAACCAGUCCCUGCUGAGGAUGCCUCCAUGGGAGAACGUGUGGCUGCUGGGAGCCAUCUGCCUCUCCAUGUCCCUUCACUUCCUCAUCCUCUAUGUGGAACCUCUCCCAAUCAUUUUCCAGAUCACACCCCUGAAUCUGACCCAGUGGCUUAUGGUGCUCAAGAUCUCGCUCCCUGUCAUUCUACUGGAUGAACUGCUCAAGUUUGCUGCCAGGAACUACCUGGAGCCCGGUAAAGACCUGGAGAAGCCUGCCAGCUCCAAAGGCUGCUCCCUGUCUGCAUGUAUGGAGGGAAUCUCCUGGCCCUUUGUGGCCAUUUCCCUCCCCUUGGUCCUCUGGAUCUACAGCUGCGACACUAACAUGGCCGACAUGUUCUGGUCCUGACUGACUUGAGCACAACCUCGACUUUUCCAUUCCCCACCCACUGCCGUCACUUCCCUCUUUCCCUCUCCUCUUCUCUCUCUGCCUUCCGUAAUGUGUGUAGCUAGUGUGUGUGUGUAUGUGUGCAUUUGUAGAGUUAGUGUGUGUGCCUCUGCGUGCCACCACGUGCGUAAGAGAAAGGACCAACUUUGACACAUAACAAAUAAUAUAAAAUGUUAACACUGAGAAGACGUCUGUUUUGAGGUGGUAUAGGAUUAAUGAAUGGGUGAGGCUUUAAAUGUGAGUGUUAGAAGACCAUCACUCCCAUAGCUGUGGACUUUUUUUGUUGCUGGUGUGAAAGAAAAUAUACUGUUGCCAGAUAUUAUUUUUGUUCAUGUCAAUAUUGCCUUUACGGUUUAUAUUUUAAUGAUGGUGGGAAUAACAUGUCCUAUGUCACUACAGUAAAAACAGCAAAUUUGUUUUUUUUUUUCUUUUCUUUUAUUUGUUUUUUGUUUUGUUUUUUUUGCUUCCCUCUUGAUGAAAAGGAAAAUUAGGAUAUCAGAAAUAAUUUGAUCUGUACAGAAACUGAACACUAUUUUAUGCAACUUUUUUUAUGGCUUUGUAAAUUGUUUGACCAGCGUGGCUUAGACAUACCGCCUUGAUUUAUUUUCUAAUGUUUACCAUUGUGUCUUCAGUAUAAACUCAGAACUCUUUCAGAGAGGACGAGCUCCAUGUGGCAGACAAGGACGGGGGGAAGGUUUGGGACUCAGAGUGAACCAUUUGAAUGCUUAGCUUACAACAAAAAAAACAACAAAAAAACCCCUUGAUAAACAAAAGCCGCAUGUCCUGUGACCAAGCAUGAACUGUAUGCGUUUCUCAUUCUAAUUUAAUUGUGUAUGGUCCCCCAUGUUAGAGCGAAAAUUAACUUCAUAGAUGUUUUUUGGUUUUUUUAACUAUAAUGAUCGAAAAUAAGUAAGUUUUUCUGCACUGGGCAGAGCACAGCUACCUCAAUAUAAGAUUUCCUUUUUCUUUCGCUCAUCUUGAGAUCCUUUUCCUCAACAGUCUUGCUAAAGCGUAACAUCUGAGGUGUGCCCCUAUUCGCUUGUGCAGAAAACGACGAACAAAAUCUCUCUUCCCUCUAACAUUUUAAAGAAUAUAUUUUGUAUUGAUUUGUGACAUUAACUUUAUUUGUGUGUGUGUUCUGAGACAGAACUGGGUGGGGAUGUUGUAAGGUGACUACCAUCUCCAUGGCGUUUGAUUCAAAGGAUCAUAAUAUUAAAAUUUUAAGGAAGAAUACUAAUACAGCAGCUGCUCCAAUGAAUGGACUUUGGAUUGCAAAUUAAAAAAAAAAACCAAAUGUUUUUUGUUUUUGUUUUGUUUUUUACUUUAAGAAAAAAUACACUCAUGAACCCUUUGAAUCAAGUGUUUUCUGUCUUUAUUUAAUACAAUAUAGACCCAUGAUAUUCAAUAUUAUUCAUAUCCAUUUUUUGUAUGUGCAUAUAAUACUUGAAUACAGAUCAUUUCAGACAUAUGAAUGCUUCAGUUUUCUUGGCACAACAUUGCAGGCAUGAGCUAUUCAUGGCAUAAAGAACCUGUGUUUGACUCUUAGACUAUUAUUUAGGGGACUUAGUUUAUGUUUGGUAUACCAUGCUUUACAGUAGUCUGUACUUGCUGGAUCAGAGCCUAUUCAGUCUACACUCAUCUUAAGCAUCACUGUGUUUGGAAAUUCCAACAUGUGAGAAAAGCCCAUCAUUAGCAUGUGUUUUGAAGCCUGGGUUUGUUUGUGCUUGUGCGUGUUUGUGCGUUCCUUAUAACAGCUGUGUGCUCUUUUAUUUUAUUUUUCUUUCUCCCCCUCAAUGCCUACCACUGGCCACCCUGUCACUAGAGUGAGUAUCCAUUUGUCUUACACACUCCAGAUAUGCUAAAUUAACAAGAAGACUCUUAUAAAACAAAACGAAUCACUCCCAUAAAUGGAUGUCUUGUUUUGUUAUUAAAUUGAGAAGCAUACGAGUCACUGAAGGGAUGCAAGGGAGUCUUUAAGGACUAUCAGUACAUAGACAAACAGAACAAAACUUGUCUUUGGCCACAUGCCACUACUGUGAAUGCCACCAAGUGUUCUUCUUUUCACCCCUCUCACACUUGCUUAUAUUCACGAAAUCUCUUGUGGUAGAAAAUGUACAGUUUAACAAAUGAUGGGAAUACUUGUCACCAUUUUUAAUUUUUAAGAGCGUUUUGUGCUAACUGUUUUUCCUCUUCCUUUUUUAGGUUGGCUCUCAUAAAUGCUUCGUAUAUAAGAGUGGCCUCUAAAGUUGCAGCCGUCCUACAGUCCAGGGUGUCCACUCACUCUGGCUUCUCACACACACACACACACACACACACCUCAGACACCAUGAUGACCAGCAGUAUGUACCCUUGUGCAGACGGGGGGAGUAAAUAAUUAGGACACGUUUUACAAUAACGAGACCAAAUAUGUAAGGGUAUACUUCAAAAGGGUUUGGGAGCUUAUACUAGCUCCUUUUGCCCAAUGCAUCACGACACGUGGCCACAUACUUCUCGAGACACUUGUACCUCCGCGUGCAGAUGCUAAAUCAUCGACACUGUUAUGUUUUGUGUGCAGGGAACUUCUUAACGGCCUCAACGAUCCCUCUUGCAUGAUGAACAUAUUUCCGACUUCCAUGGUAGCUUGUCACAUAGAAAAUCUUUAAAACACUGGGUUGAAUGGUCUUAGCUCUACAUCAGUGUAAAAAAACAUUCAUGCAUGCGUUUCAGCUGUAUGUAGGCUUUGCAGUUUGUAUUUAUAGAUUCUAAUGUAUUAUAUUCAGAUGACAUUAAGAUAUAUUGCAAAAAUCACUGUUUUUAUUGUAAUGGUUUGGGUAAUUUGCACAAUAUUAAUGUGGAUAAAUGAGUGAUGCUAAACUUAACUGUACUUAACUUUAGUCAUUUGAAUUUUCCUCCCCUACUGUAACUACUGUAGGCUGACCACUGACCCAUUUACUUUGAAGAAGUCUUUUGCGAUGAGUACAACAGACUGACACUGAUUCAUUGGUAAUCCUGCAAUACAACUGUUCUGUUUGCUUAUUGCCUCUGUAUAAUUCUGAUUAUGUAUCUUUAUGAACCGCUGUAAAACUGUGAUCUAAUUCGGGGGAGGGGGGCGGUAGAGUCUCUUCAGCGAAACCUGGUUGAAGAACAAUAGUAACCAUAUUUUAAAAAACAAAACAAAAGACGAUCAUUAUUGAAGACUAGCUAUGGUUACCAUGCAUUACUGAGGUUGUGAUUUCAGGUAAAUAAAAAUACAUAGCAUUUGAA